AUGAUUAGACUUCAGGAUAUCAAGAUGAAAAUUGUUUCAACGAACAAGGCGGAUAUGAAUUUCAAGAUGAAUUUCAUAGCUUUGUUGAUCAACUCAAUCAUUGAAUCAAGUUCUUCAGGGAAAGCAAACACCAACCCACUGAAUUACAUAACAAGCAACACCAAAAUAGAAAACAUUCACUGGUGUUCUUAUUUGAUAGAUUGUUUGGUUAAAAACAAACAGUCUUUUGAUCCAUCAAAUCAAACAAGCAAUUUUAAUGGACCAUCUGCUUAUUUGGUGUUGCUUUAUCUAGACAGAAUCAAAUCUGAUGUACUAAAGGUUGAAAGAACACGUCCAGUUAUCUGCCAUUGGACUUCAGAGAAAAUAAAAAUGAGAGAAACAUUUGAAAAGGAAGAGCUUGGUGAUUUUGGAACAAGAGAUUUCAAUGAUGAGUAUGUUGAUGAAGAACUGAAUCAGAAGGCUUAUGAGCAACUGGUUACGAAUAAACAUACGGAGUUGGAUAUACUGAUUGAAUAUGGAAUGAAGAAAUUCCCAGAAAAUAUAACUUUGAAUCAUUUGAAAAUUAGAUAUAAUGCAAUUUUUAAAGAUAAAAGUGAAGAUAAUCAAGAAACAAAUGGAAAUGAUCAUGUUCAACAUGAAAAUAUUGAAGGAGAUGCUGACAAAGAUCAAAAUGAUAAUAAUGAUAAAGGUUUUUAUGAUGCCAAUUUGCAUGAUGAAGUUCUUGACAAUGAAAAGGAUGGUAAUAAUAAUGCUGAAGGAGAAGAUUUGGAGGUGAUGAAUAUAGAAGGGAAGGAUGCUAAGAAAGUAGAAGGAACAACUGGUGAACAACAACAAAGAGAUGGAGAAGGUAAAGAAGAAGAGAAUGUUCAGGAAAGAGUGAUCACCUGUUAUUCACAACAAACAAAAGAGUGGCAUUCCGAUAUGUAUUUGAAAGCUUGUUUCCCGGAGAAUAUCUAUUUCAGAUGUCAUAGACUCAUGGUCUGA